CAAAAUCAUCACAGUACCAUUUCCAAAUCCAACACGCCCGCUAAAAUAAAAGUUUAAGAGAUGGUGCGUCCAAGAGCACUUCGCGAGGGAGUUUUCGUUGAUAUGCCUCAGCGGUUUGACACUGUUGACGAAUGUUGCUUCUAAAUUUAGCGACAUUCAUUCGUCGUAAAUUGCAGCGUUGAACCAUUCGGAGCAGAAGUGUGAGGUGGGCAAACGAACAGAAUUAAAGCAAAGGAGAGCCUAAUAUGAGGAGCAUCGUGACGAUUGUGGUUUUCAAUCUUCUUCUGGAUUUAUUCCCGAUGAGAACAGCUUCACGUUGGUGGUCCAUUUCGCAAGUGUUCCAGCUUGGUUCCAAGGCCAUCUGUAACCAUGCGGCUGGUCUUCCUAACUUUGAACUGUGCCGUAAGAACCCUAAUGUUUUGAUAAGCAUUGGGAAAGGCGCCAAGCUAGGAAUUGAAGAAUGCCAACAGCAGAUGAAAAACGAGAGGUGGAAUUGCUCCACGGUACCUCGGGAUUUCAGUGUGUUUGGAAAAGUCUUGAAGAUAGCAAGCCGUGAAACUGCCUUCGUGUAUGCGAUUACCUCGGCUGGAGUUGUACACGCGGUAGCUCAAGGCUGCAUCCGCGGUGACCUGAAAAACUGCUUUUGCAACCAAACAGAACUAAGAGGAAAACGAGAAGAUUUUGUGUGGUCUGGAUGUUACGAUCACAUCGCUCAUGGUAUCGAAGUUGCCAAGUUUUUUGUGGAUUCUGAUGAACAGCAAAACGAUGCUCGGGCAAAAAUGAAUCUUCACAACAAUAUGGUCGGAAGAACGGUCGUAAAAAAUCGCACAGUCGUGAACUGUUUGUGCCAUGGUCCUUCUGUAUCAUGUGUCAUGCAGACCUGCUACAGAAGUUUGGCUCCUUUCAGCGCCGUGAGUCGCCAUCUUCGCGGAAAAUAUGACAAUGGCGUUCUUGUGAUUGUUGAUCAGAAGGGGGAGAAA